AUGCGGUGGUCGGACAAGACACUCGGGCCGGACGGGCCUUGGAACGCAGUAGAAGUAACACUAGGAAGCGAGCAAGAUGUCACCGUAUAUGCCGGGAGGAUGUGGGAAUCCUAUUUCCCUGGCGCAACUUACUGCGGAAAUACCACAACUGCGGGCCAACCAUGCUACGCGAAACAAGCCGGCGCUAUCUACGACGAGUCGGUAGGCACCGGAGACGUACCAAAUAUCGAUUUCAGCGCCAGCGCAUACUACGCGUCUGACAUGGAUGCUGUAGGGACUGAUGCAAAGCGGUAUACCGACCGCAUUUCCCUGGGAAAGGAUUCGAGCCAUUGGAGUCCAGUUAGCGUUGAUAACUUUGCCAUGGCUCUCAUGAGUGAUACUCAGCUUCGAUAUCCUAAUGGGAACGAGUACCCCUUAUUCGCGGGGUGUCUUAGCCUCGGUGCUGCACCUAAUAUUAUUAACCAUACAUUCGAAAUAAUACCAGGGCAGGUUGCCGGCGCCGUCAAUACGAGUCUGCUUGCUGGGACUCUAUUCACGAACCACGCCAUCGCCUCUCAGACUUUCGGAAUGCAUAUCGGCUCAGCUGCUCCCAAUCGGGUCUCAGGAUCGCUCUGGCUAGGCGGAUAUGAUAGGAACAGGGCCGUUAACGACAUGCUAUCUCUUCCUAUACCUGACCCGUUUAUCGCAUUUUCAAACGCGCCCCUCGUAGAUAUCUCGAUCAACGUAGUCAAAGGGGGUUCACCAUUUCCCUGGACCUCGAAAGGAGGCCUACUAGCAUCAGGAAAUUCUUCCAUAGGCAACCAACUCGGCGUCAUCAUCGACCCCUGUCUUCCAUAUCUAAACUUACCCAAAAGUACAUGCGACGCCAUCGCCGCCGAGAUCCCGGUGAAACUUGACGACGGACUUGGCCUUUACCUCUGGGACACGAAAUCACCAGACUACACACGGAUCGUGCAAUCACCCUCCGUCCUAACAUUUACAUUCGUAGACCCGGACAGCAACUUACGCAAAGUCAACAUCUCGGUACCAUUCACGCACCUAAACCUAACUCUCGACCAACCCCUCGUCGACAAACCAACUCCCUAUUUCCCUUGUAACGCAGCGUCGAACGGCGCAUAUGCCCUCGGCCGCGCGUUCUUACAAGAUACCUUCAUCGGCGCGAACUUUCAAACCGCGGUGUACUUCCUGUCACAAGCACCUGGACCCAAUCUCAAUAAACGACUGGGUCACAUCAUGGAAUGGACAUUGGACGCCGCUCCCGGAGCCGGAUAG